ACCUUCUUAGUUCACUGGCCAAAACAAACUAUACUCAAGUAAAAAAUAAACGUGAGCCGCGUCAAAUAUGACACCCCCUUCAAGAAACCUACAGUUAUAAUAAAAUAUGCAGAAAUUCUAAUCCUUGCUGUAACUAUGGACGGCGAGGAGACGACCCAUGUGGAAGGCAGUUAUACGAUACUACAGGACCACAUCAACAAGUUGACCGAGAACCAAACUAAUAUCAUAAGUAAAUUUGAGGUUUUGACUAAAAAUGUGGACGAACUCAAGAAGAUUUUGGCUCAGUUCUCUUACAAAAUUGUCGCGCUGGAGGAAGUGGCUCUGGAUCGAAGAACGCUAAAGACCGAGAUCAAAGUCCUUAAGAACAGGAUAGAUGAGCUCUAUGCCAUCGUAAAGGAGGGCAAAGAGGAUGACUCGUGUCCCAGUGACGACGUGCAGGACAUAGAGUCCUGCCACUCGGGAUUCUCCUGUUCCUCUAAGGUACUGUCCGUCGUUCUGUGUGGAAAAGUGGAUCGAAAUGUGAAAGUGACGAUGACGACCGGACUGGACAGGGACACGAUACGCGCCGCCUACGAAGACGUCAGGUCCGACACAACGCCAACUGAAUGGGCGGUGUUCAAAUUCGACGGCGCUCGCAUCGUGUGCUCGGCGCGGGGCUCGGACUUCACCGAGUUCCGUACACAGUUCUCCGACGAUGACCGCGCUUUCGGAUAUCUCAGGUUGCAAAUGGGCGACGAGAUGUCUAAACGUAAGAAGUUCCUGUUCGUCACGUGGGUGGGGCCAAACGUGUCCGUCAUCAACCGCGCCAAGAUGUCCACCGACAAAGCCAUUAUCAAGGAUAUCAUCUCUAAUUUUGCAGUCGAGUUACAAUUGGAAAAUCAAUCCGAAAUAGACAUCGAUCAAUUCAAAGACGCUCUUAACAGAGCGGGUGGAGCAAAUUACGGGACUGGGGUCAGGGAUUUAUGAAUUGCACAAUAAAUUAUCCGCCUAUAACCUAAAACAUAUCAAUACUUUGAUUUUAAUUAAUCUAUCUCUUAGUACACUUGCAACAUAAGAGCUUUUUGUAAGUCAUAAAUUACUGGGAUAGUAACAGCUAAAAUCAAAGUUCUGGUAACUUUUUUUAAUAAAUUAGGCCAUCAUCAGGCCCUAAAUUGUUUUUUCUAUAAGUAGGAAUGUGCUUUUAUUUUUAAAUUUGUAUACUAGUGUGAUUAAUUUCAGCAUUAGUCUUUAUCCUGAUACGUUCGGAAAAAAAACCUAUUUAUUUUUUUACAAAAUUAUUGGAACUUAUUUUUAUUUAGGAAAAUUGUAAAAUUUCAAUAAUUUUAUUUUUUAAAGUCAUUGUGCAAUUAUUAUACUCGAUAAUGUAACGUAAGGAUUUGCCAAAAAAAUCUUUAGUGAGUGUUGCCAUGUAUAGGGCGCGAUAAGUGCAUUUAUUUUUUUGUCUACCUGUAUUUUACUGUGACGAAAUUAUACAAUGUAUUGUAUACAAAAGUAUUUGGAUUUUAAACUGGCUUUUAUAUACAUUGACUAGUGUCUACUCAGCAUUAUUGGAAAACGAAUUGAAGUAAAUACAUACAUUAACCAAACGAC